AUGGCAGCCAUCGCCCCCGCCCUAGUCGCCCUCCUCGAGAGGGCACAGCGCCCAGACAGGCUCGGCAGCCUCCUCAAGGAAGCCGUCGUGCUCGUCCAGACCGUCCUCGAGCUGCUCGGCGAAGAAGCAGUGGGCAUAUCGUUCAACGGUGGGAAAGACUGUACCGUUCUGCUGCAUAUAUACGCCGCCGUCCUCUAUGCCCGCCGCACACCCACAUUACCAGAGGGAUUACUCCCAAAGCCCUCACCGCACAUCCGCCUUCCACAGCCGCAGCAGACUCUGCAGCCCUCGAUAUCACCACAGCCUUCAUAUAACCCAUCACGGCCAGCCCGAACCCCUCCGCCCGUCCUCUCCCCGCUACCCACCAUAGCCUCCGCCCCGGAAUCCCCUCCCCAUCCCCACUCGACUCACCACCACCCCCCAUCGCCUCUGCCCUAUCAGCCUAUAAGAUCCGUCUACAUUACAGCGCCAAAUCCGUUCCCAGAGCUAGACGAGUUUGUGCUGGCUUGUACGGAAAGAUAUGGGCUGGAUCUAUGGAGGUUUGGGGGUGGGAUGAAGUCUGCAUUGGAGGAAUGGCUCAAGUGCGGCGGAGGAAAGUCUGUAAAGGGUGUGCUGGUAGGAACAAGACAAGGUGACCCCAACGGUGAGGUUGAGGUUUUGGCACAUACAGACCCGACCUGGCCACAGUUUCUCCGGGUACAUCCGAUUUUACAUUGGACAUACUCUGACGUCUGGGACUUUCUGCUGGAGCUGAACGUGCCCUAUUGUGUCUUGUAUGAUGAAGGAUUCACGUCGUUGGGAUCGACAACGAACACGUCGCCGAACCCGUUGUUGAAGAAAGAGGUUGGAGGGUGGGAACCAGCGUACAAGUUACAAGACGCCUCUCAAGAACGAGCUGGGCGGCAUUGA